AAAUCACUUCUAAAAUGCCGCCAACAUCUGGCUUUUAAAAAUACAAAAUGGCGCUUCCAAGUCUUUUACUCCCAGCCUGCCUCUUUUCUCAUCACUACAAAACGUCUCCUUCCUCCUCUCCCCUCUCCGAAGUGGGUAUAGCCUAUCUCUUGUUUCCGUCUGUGAGCGCAGAAGGGUUGUGGAAAAGAGUGAGCGUGAAGAGAUGGCGGAUCAGGAGAACUCCGUGAGGGUUACCCGUGCGGCGGCCGCCAGGAAAAGGGCGGCGGAGGCCGCUGAAGUGGUGCAGGAACAAGCAAAGAGGAAGAGGGUUGUUCUGGGAGAGCUUCCUAAUCUCUCUAAUGUUGUGGUUUCGACAAGUCAGAAUGUGGGGACGGCGACCCAGAAGCCGAAGGCGAAGACCAAGACGACGAAAGUUAAGGUGGCGGAAAAAAUGACGCUGGAGGUGAAGGAGGAUGUUUCUGCCAAGAAGGAACUGGAUAUCGAUUCUACAAAUGAUGAUCCCCAACUUUGUGGGUCUUAUGCAUCGGAUAUUUACGAGUAUCUUCAUGAAAUGGAGGUGGAUCCAAAGAGGAGACCUUUGCCUGAUUAUCUUGAGAAGGUGCAGACAGAUGUUAGUGCAAAUAUGAGGGGAAUUUUGGUGGACUGGUUGGUAGAGGUUGCAGAGGAGUACAAGCUUGUUUCAGACACUCUGUAUUUCACUGUCUCUUACAUGGAUAGAUUCCUGUCAUUGAAGCCUCUAAACAGGCAGAAGCUUCAGUUAUUGGGUGUUUCCUCGAUGCUUAUUGCCUCUAGGAAGUAUGAAGAAAUAAGCCCUCCAAAUGUGGAAGACUUUUGCUACAUAACUGAUAAUACAUACACAAAGGAAGAGGUUGUUACAAUGGAGGCUGACAUACUAAAGGCCUUGAAGUUUGAAUUGGGUAGUCCUACCAUUAAGACAUUUUUGAGGAGAUUUACUAGGGUUGCACAAGAGGAUUUUAAGGCUUCCAGUUUACAGUUGGAGUUCCUCGGAUACUACCUUGCUGAGUUGAGUUUGUUGGAUUAUGGAUGUGUGAAGUUUUUGCCUUCUUUGGUUGCUGCAUCUGUAAUAUUUCUUGCAAGGUCUAUAGUUCGACCAAAGGCACAUCCUUGGAGUUCAGCCUUGCAGCAACUAUCUGGUUACAAGUCAUCUGAUUUAAAAGAAUGUGUCCACAUUUUACAUGAUUUGUAUCUCAGUAGAAGAGGAGGUGCUCUGCAGGCAGUAAGAGAAAAAUACAAGCAGCAUAAGUUCAAAAAUGUCGCGGUAAUGCCUUGUUCUCCUGAAAUACCACUUUAUUUUUUUGAAAAUGUUGGGGGGAAAAAAUUUUAAAACUGUGGUAAUCUAUAUAGCUUAACUCCGCGGAGAAGAUGGUGCAAAUGGAAGCGGCUGGCUGGUAAUCAAGCUUGCUAAUCAUGGAUGGAUUGGAGGGCUCUUAACUAGUGUGGGUGCAAGGAAUGGAAGUGGUCCUUCACAAUGAUUGGGGCAGACUGCAGGUCUUUCUAACAUGGGUGGAAUACACAAUGCUAGUGAUUUUUUGAGCAGUUAGCUACUUCUUGACUUCUAGGUGGUGAAUUAGAUGUUUUAGCUUCUGUUUGGAACAUGCUUAAAGUUUUUGCGUAAUUGCAAUUGUUUAGUGUCAAAUGAUGUAAAGCUGUUCAUGUUCAUAAAUCAAAAUCUCUUUGAAGAAGCGCUGCACAUUUUUUAUCUUACCAUCGAAUGUAACUCUAAGAGUAACAUCUUAAAUUUUAGAUUGUUCAAAAGUAAAAGCACUUAAUAUAA